UAUAUUUAUAUAAGUAUGUCCCUUCCAUCACUCUUCGAACUGUAAGCGUAUGUAGUGCAGUGUUCAUCUCUCAUCUUUUUUCUGAGUCAAAGUUUUCAUGGCAAAGAGAUCUCAUACUUCUUCUUCUUCUUCUUCUACCACCAUGGUGAAACGUAAACGUAAAAGCAUCCCAAGAAACUCACCUCCACAACGAAGCUCCAUUUAUAGAGGUGUCACAAGACAUCGUUGGACAGGUCGAUAUGAAGCUCAUUUGUGGGAUAAGAAUUGUUGGAAUCAAUCACAAAGCAAGAAAGGAAGACAAGUAUAUCUAGGGGCUUAUGAUGAUGAAGAAGCUGCAGCACGUGCCUAUGACUUGGCAGCAUUGAAGUAUUGGGGCCAAGCCACAAUUCUCAACUUUCAAGUAUCAAAUUAUGAAGAGGAGGUGAAAGAAAUGGAGGGACAAUCAAAAGAAGAAUAUAUUGGAUCCUUAAGAAGAAAAAGCAGUGGAUUUUCAAGAGGAGUGUCAAAAUACAGAGGUGUGGCAAGACACCACCACAAUGGAAGAUGGGAAGCUCGAAUUGGCAGAGUCUUUGGCAACAAAUACUUAUACCUUGGAACUUAUGCUACACAAGAAGAAGCAGCCAUAGCAUAUGACAUGGCAGCAAUAGAAUACAGAGGACUUAACGCCGUUACAAAUUUUGAUCUAAGCCGUUAUAUCAAUAACGAUAACAACAACAAUCAUAAUCAGAACCCUAGCAAUAAUAAUCAAGAGCUGGAUCUUAAUCAAGAAAUCGUUGAAGGUGGUGACACGUCAACAACAUCUUCAGCCGUUGAUUUUAUCAUAAACUCGUCAAAAUUCAAAGAAAUGUUAGAAAAUACCACGUCGUCGUCAUCGGUGGAAGAUAGUUACACUCCACCGCUUGUUGAGUCAAUUCCGCCGCAUCGGAAUUUUCCUGAAGAUAUUCAAACAAUCUUUGAAACGCAAUAUUCAAGUAUCUACAAUGAGAAUGAUGAUGACUUGAUAUUUGGGGACUUGACCUCAAUUGAUGCACCAAUUUUUCAUUAUGGACUUGAUGCUUGAUUACAGCGAGGAAUUAUGUACAAGGUUCAUCAACCAAAAAAAAAAAUAUAGAAUGGGAGAUUCUUUAAAGAGAAAAGAAUAAUUUGUUAAUUCGAGUAAUUGUUUUACAGCAUUUAGUAAGAUGGCAUGUAAGGGUUUUAUAUUAACAAUUUAGUUUUGUUAUUUGUAAGUCCUAGUCUAUUUAUUAGCUUUUAUUUUAUUUAAAUGGAACUUUCAUUUUAUAAAUAUAUUAAUUGCCUGCCUUUCAGAUAA